CCCAGCCCCACUCACCCCGCCGGCUCUCGAAUCCCGGGACGUUAGAUCUUCGCCGAUCGGGAUAUUGAAUCCGUUAGCUGCAUUAAGGUUUAAUUACUCCAAUAGGAAAGGAUAUGACAGCUCUGCCCUCCCGGUUACACUGUUCUUGCCCCAUAAACCGGGCAGGGGAAACCCACGCUGUACCCAAGCCGCCCGUUGAAAGAUAGCACUUUGUAACAGGUGGGGGACACUAUCAGUCAUCCAUCUUGAAUAUGGGCAGCUCUGUACUCUCUAAUCUGCCCUGCGCCAAGGAAGCAGAUGCAGCCCCGAAAUUGCUGAUCAUCAUGGUCGGGCUACCUGCCAGAGGUAAAAGCUACAUCGUCAGAAAAUUGUCCAGAUACCUGAACUGGUUACAGUAUGAAGCCCGUGUCUUCAACGUUGGAGAACGACGUAGGGCAGAAGCGCAUGUAGAACAAAGUGGCGAGAAAGCGGAGGAAUCACAUCUCAGUAGAGGUCAAUUCUCUUCUUCCGCUGCCUUCUUCGACCCUACGAACGCUGAUCUGGUCUCAGCUCGCGACCAGAUUGCCCUCAAAACUCUAGACGAACUUCUCAAUUGGCUCUCUAGACAAGAUAGCAGCAGUAUUGGGAUACUUGAUGCGACAAACAGCACACAAGAGCGCCGCCAAAUUCUACUAUCACAUAUCCGGCGGAAACGUGGCACUCUAAAUGAAGUGCUAUUCAUAGAAACUUGCUGCUUCGACCAGGACAUACUCGAGCACAACUUCCAACUGAAGCUCAACGGACCGGACUACAGGGGCCAAGACCCUGAUGAGGCCCUUAGGGAUUUCCGUCAGAGGGUCGUCUUCUACGAGAAGUCAUAUGUUCCACUUGGAGAAGUUGAAGAGCAAGACAAGAUCCCCUAUCUCCAGGUGAUUGAUGUUGGCCGGAAGAUCAACACGCACUUGAUCCAGGGAUAUCUUUCAAGUCGAGUGGUUGAGUAUAUGCUUAACUUCAACUUGUCAGAGCGUCAAAUAUGGAUAUUCAGCGGUGGCGAGAGCAUAGACGAUAGUGCUGGCAGAAUAGGGAGGCGAUCAGACCUCACGGAAAACGGACAGCGGUAUGCAGCUUCACUCGUUCGGUUCAUCCACGGAGAGCGCGAACGUUGGGAAAAGAAGAGGCAAAGUCAUAGAACUCAGAAUCGUGACUCAACAAGGUUCAGUGUUGACGAUCCGACACGGAAACAGGACGCCUUACACCCACAGCGUCACAAAAAUUGGUCUUGCCCUCUCGAUUUUUGCAUCUGGACUUCCACCAUGCCUCAGACCACCCAAACCGCUUUAGGAUUUUGCGAAAAGCUUUUUACAAAGUUGCAGAUGAAGACGCUUGACGAUCUUAAUGCAGGCGACAUGGCUGGGCUGACGUUCGAGGAGAUUGCUACAAGUCAACCUGCCGUUUACACUGCCCGCAAACAGCAUAAACUCCUAUAUAGGUGGCCUGGCCUUGGCGGAGAGUGCUAUGUUGACCUCAUCUCCCGCCUACGGCCCGUCAUCCUAGAACUGGAGCGCAGGAAGGAUCAUGUGCUGCUUGUGACACAUCGGGCAGUUGUGCGUGUCCUUCUGUCUUACUUCUUGGAUCUCCGCCGCGAUGAUCUGGCAGAGAUGGUGAUACCGAAAAACUGGGGCUUUUGCCUUAAGCCAACACCUUACGGCAUUGAUUUCAGUGCCUAUUCUUAUCGACCCGAAUCAGGUACUUUCUGCUUAGAGCCAGGCGCUCAAAACAAGUUCUUCCCUUCAUAACCUCAUAUGAAAGGUUUUUAUUUGAGUUGUGGGAUAUGGUAAUAUAAGUUUCGUGCGA